AUAAGUUAACAUUAUGGUUAGACUAAUAUAGACAAAUGAAAUGUAGACAAGUGCAAAUGUUGUUUUAAACAAAUAACAAACAACUGCACACCGUUGUCACCGACUCUUAGUAAACAAGAAUUAUAGACCACUUGCUGUACCAGAGAAUAUUGUGUGUUAACAACUGUAGUGUGUCACAUUAAAAUGGCAAGUGGCAUAACAGCGAUACUCUAACGUUAACAAAGCCCACAGCACGUACCAUAGAUGUUAACACUACGUCAGAGAGACAAAACAGGGACCAACAGAUCGUUAUCGACAGUAUUAAGGCAUCUUUAGUGAAGAACUCUGAACUUUACAGACGGCGACACUCACCAACCUCGAGAAACUUGAGGUAUGGAUGAACCAGAGAAAUACUGUAAAACGACAUGAAGAUCUAUAGUACAACUACACAGGAGGUCACGAGUUGCUACUUCUUCCCUCUCCAGCGCCAGACUGCAGGCCACACCAACUUAGCGCUGUUACUAUGACAACUGAUCAAAACAACAACAAAAUAUAACAAACUAAGAUGCUCACGAUAAUAAACAUUUACAUAGAUAUUUACUGAUAUAAAUGUAAUCACUUCAAAACGGUAUUACAGUACAAAUUGGAAGACAUUACUUUUAAUAAGUGACCAUUAUCAAGUGGUCAUUAUCAAGUGGUCAUUAUUAAGUGAUAAAUAUUAAGUUGCCGUUAGGAAGUGGUCAUUAUUAAGUGGCCGUUAUUAAGUGUCAUUAUUAAAUGGCCGUUAUUAAGUGAUCAAUAAUAAGUGGCCGUUAUUAUUUGGUCAUUAUUAAGUGGUCAUUAUUAAGUGGCCAUUAUUAAGUGAUAAAUAUUAAGUUGCCGUUAGGAAGUGGUCAUUAUUAAGUGGCCGUUAUUAAGUGUCACUAUUAAAUGGCCGUUAUUAAGUGAUCAAUAAUAAGUGGCCGUUAUUAUGUGGUUAUUAUUAAGUGGUCAUAAUUAAGUAGCCAUUAUUAAGUGGCCAUUAUUAAGUGGUCAUCAUUAUUUGAUCGUUAUUAAGUGAUCAAUAUUAAGUGGUCUGUAUUAAGUGGCCAUUAUUAAGUAGUCAUUAUUAAGUGGCCAUUAUUAAGUGGUCAUCAUUAUUUGAUCGUUAUUAAGUGAUCAAUAUUAAGUGGUCUGUAUUAAGUGGCCAUUAUUAAGUGGCCGUUAUUAAGUGGCCAUCAUUAUUUGAUAGUUAUUAAGUGAUCAAUAUUAAGUGGCCUUAAUUAAGAGGUCAUUAUUAAGUGGUCAUUAUUAAGUGGCCAUUAAUAAGUGGUCAGUAUUAAGUGGUCAUUAUCAAAUGGUCGUUAUUAAGUAGCCAUUAUGAAAUGGCCAUUAUUUAGUGGCCAAUAUUAAGUGGUCGCUUAUAAGUGGUCGUUAUUAAGUCGCCGUUAUUAAGUGGCCCUUAUUAAGAGGCCAUUAGUAAGUGGUCAAUAUUAAGUGGUCAUUAUUAAGUGGUCCGUUAUUAAGUAGCCGUUAUUAAGUGGCUGUUAUUAAGCGACCGUUAUUAAGUUGCCGUUGUUAAGUGGUCGUUAAUUAGUGGUCAUUAUUAAGCGGUCAUUAAGUUGCCGUUAUUAAGUGGCCGUUAUUAAGUGGCCAUUAUUAAGUGGUCAUUAGUAAGUGGUCACUAUUUAGUGGUCAUUAGUAAGUGGUCCUUAUUAGAUGACUGUUAUUAAGUGUCCGUUAUUAAGUGGUCAUUAAUAAAUGGCCAUUAUUAAGUGGUCAUUAUCAAGUGGUCAUUAUUAAUUGGUUAUAAUUAAUUGGUAAAUAUUAAGAGGUCAUUAUUAUGUGGUCAUUAGUAGGCGGUCAUUAUUAAGUGGUCAUUAUUAAGUGGUCAUUAUAAAGUGGUCAGUAUUAAGUGGUCAUAGUCAUUAUAAAGCGGCCAUUAUUAAGUGGACAUUAGUAAUAUGAGGAAAUAACACCGAGAGCUAACCCCCUGGCGACCAAGAACACAAAGUGGCUGAGACGACCGACAGAGCAAGAGUGAAUUGACCGCUGGCCAGAAGUGUGGUUCAGAACCGCUGGCCAAAAGUGUGGUUCAGGACCGCUGGCCAGAAGUGUGGUUCAGGACCGCUGGCCAGAAGUGUGGUUCAGAACUGCUGGCCAGAAGUGUGGUUCAGAACUGCUGGCCAGAAGUGUGGUUCAGAACUGCUGGCCAGAAGUCAUGGGAGAGUUCAAGAUGGUUCACCCCCCUCUACUGUUAUCGGGGGUUUGGGCCCUUAUCUUAAUGACAUCACUGGCAGGAAGCAGUGAAGACGUGGGUCUUCUGCCGAAAUUUGUGGAGAACGUCCCUAACAUUACGGUAACGGUGGGGCGCGACGCUCUCCUGCCCUGCACUGUCGAGCAGCUUAAGGGCUUCAAGGUGGCGUGGGUGCAGGUAGACACACAAACUAUCCUUACCAUCCACAAGCAAGUCAUCACCAGGAACCCAAGGAUCGCGCUGCUACACAACGACCACCGCACUUGGCAUCUGAAAAUCAAGAACGUUAGGGAGAUCGACCGUGGGUGGUACAUGUGUCAGGUGAACACUGAUCCUAUGAGGUCCCGCCAAGGAUACGUUGAUGUUGUAGUUCCACCCGAUAUUAUUGACCGUGAAUCCUCCGGUGACCUGACAAUCCGUGAAGGUCAAGAUGUGACCUUGACCUGCCGAGCCAAAGGUCAUCCACCACCGACCAUCAUCUGGCGGCGAGAAGACAACUUAGACAUUAUUCCCGACCAUGGAAACACAGCACGAGGUGAGAGUCAUACUGAGUCAAUAUCUCGUGAUGUGGGUGAAGGAGAGACUACUGCAGCUAGUGUGGAUAUAGCUGGAACCUCAAGACUUGGUGUGGAUGAUUCGACACGAGUGAUAGAAGGAGAUACGCUGGUCCUGAAAAAGGUGUCUCGUCUGCAGAUGGGAUCCUACUUGUGCAUCGCUUCCAACGGCAUUCCUCCCUCCAUCAGUAAAAGAGCCCAUCUCCGUGUUCAGUUCCCUCCUAUGACUGGGGUGCCACAGCAGCUGGAGGGUGCUUACGUGGGCCAGGACCUGACCAUUGAGUGCCACACAGAAGCUUACCCCAAGAGUAUCAACUAUUGGACCAACGCUAACGGUGACAUGAUAGUGUCAGGGAAGCGGUACGAGCCCAUCCUGGAGGAGAGCUACUACAAGACGCACAUGAAGCUGAGAAUAAGAGACGUGACAGCUGAGGACUUCGGUACUUUCCGCUGCGUGGCCAAGAACUCCCUGGGAGAGACUGACGGAGCCAUCAAGGUCUAUGAGAUCGACCCGCCCAAGUCCCACUUCAACGGAGGCUUGGAGGAGCAGGAUGAUGCGGAGACGACCGAGGCUACUGGGGAACCUCCAGCGACCUUACCAACACAUAAGAAAGAAAGCAAGAAAUACCACAGUUUUCAUCAUACUAAAGGUGUUAACGACAUCAUGGAUCAGCAGCAUCUAGGCAAGUCUUCCAGCUUUGAAGGUUCUCACUACACCGGCCCAACCACGCCUCAAGGACUGUCGCCGCAGGAGUCACUUGACGUGGUUGAACACGACGCUGGAGAGGCGACGUGUCCUGUGGCCCUGCUGGUGGCGGUGGUUCUUGUUGUCAUAGUAACCAACACAGCUUUCUAUGCCUCGCCACCAACACUUGUGUGACAACGAAUUUGACAAGUCUUGUAGUCAUGUUUCUGUAAAUGUUUCUAUUUCAUGAAACUAAUUUAAUUUUUUUUUUCACUGGGAGAUUCUCAAAAGCGACCACCGUAUUCUGAAUAUAUUAAAUGAUUGUGGGCGAGAGUCUGCCUGCCGUCUACUGCUUUUACUAGGGAUUAGUUCUUGUACAACUUUAGCUUGUUGAUGAUGCCGGUCCUGUACUGUAUCUUCCAAGCUUAGAGCGUCUGGGUAAUGUUACCAGUGAAGCCUGAAGCCACGCAGUGUACAGUAUAUCUGUGUGCCAAGGAUCACCUUUGUUCAUUUACUUUGAAAUACAGUAAUAAUCUUAAAGAUAGUUAAUGCAAUUAAAAAUUGAUGCCAGAAUGGUGUCUGCCUGUGUAUUAGAUAUAUAAAGUACAGUACUUUAAGAUACUAAAAUGGAAAAUACAGAAUCAUUAAAAUGGUUAAAACAUUUAA